AAAUUGGAAGCCAUAGAAAUGCAUUUAUUAAUGUCUAAAUUUGUUUUUGCCAAAUUGAUCUUUGACGUCAUGGGGCUAUUUUGCUUCCACUGGUCCUGGGGCUCUUGUUAAGGUCGACGUUAUCAUAAACUUUACCCAGUACAAGAAUGUAUAAUGUAAGUAGGUGACGUAAUGACGCCACGAAAAAUACAGCGCUACACAGAACAAAAGCAGAAAAAUAUUAAGCCCACUCUUCCAACAAGUUCAAGUCCAGCAGUCAUUUGAAAGAGUAAGAACAUUUCAGUGAGAACUCAAAGGCAAAAUCCAUAAACGCCAAGAUAAUGGAAUUUAUUGCCCUUGACAAUCAACCAUGCCCUGUCGUGGAUGAUGUUGGCUUUUGCCGACUGGUCGAGCCCCGGUACGCACUAUUUUUCAGAUGUUGCCCUACCGGAGUUACACAAUAUUGUUGAAACUUGCCUCCAUGAGAGUCACUGCUAUUAGCUUCACGACUGACAUUUGGGCCAGCAAUGUCAGCCCCAUGAACAUUAUGAGUCUGACAGCACAGAGGGUCAACGAGGAUUUCGUACUGAGGAAAGCCAUAUUGCAUGCUCAAGAAUGUGCUGGUUCUCAUACCGCUGCUGCCAUUUCAUUGGCAUUUGAGAACAUGUUUGAAACUUGCAAACAUGAACACUCCUAGCUCCAUUCGAAAAACUGACUUGAGAAAAAAACUCAACUGCGUCUGCAGCAGACGUGAUAUCCUGUCAUGGCAUUGAAACGCCCGCUCAACAAAACUGCCGACAGACCGUGGGGUUAAAACGUACAAAAGUACUCGGUUGUGAAUAAGCGAUUUGGUGGCAUUCUCUCUGAGCCUCUACUGUGACGCCACCAUGCUCAAUGCUAUGUACAAGGACCGCUACUUCGACGCAGACAAGAAACAGGGUUUAAGUAAAGUGUUAGACACAGCUGGACAAGAUGGAAACGGACACCGUGACAGUACGCACCGAGGAAGAGGCCACAGACAGAGCUGAAGCUUCAUUGCUUGACACGUAUGAUGAAAUCCUGGUUGAGAAUGAAAUGACAGAACAAAUGAACAAUGAAACAGCACAGCAAGUAAGUGAAGGAAAUAGGUUUUGUUUGUUUUACUGGUAAUGUGUACAUAUGUAAAUGCCAACAAACUUUUUUUUGUGUGUAUAACCUUUAUUUAACAAGACAAGUUAAGAACAAAUUCCUAUUUACAAUGGCGGCCUACCUCGCCCUAUGGGACCCCCAAUCACGGCCGUAUGUGAUACAGCCUGGAUUUGAACCAGGGACUGUAGUGACGCCUCUUUCACUAAAAACGGGGUGUGUGUGCUAUUUAACUGUACUAGAAUGCUUAAAUGGCCGCUAAAAUUGUAAAUACCAGGGAUCGGUAUCGUGGUUUAUUUUUUGCAAGGAAAAUAUCGGGUAUCGGCCAAAGAUGUCAUAUCGGUGCAUCCCUAGUAUACAGUCAUUUUUGCUUGUGUUUAUCAAGGGAGUCGAUCAUUUCAGACCCCACUUUACAUCAUCAAUACACCAUUGAAUAAAUACCAGAAAAUACACAAUGUCAUAUUUUUUUCUUCUGCAAAUAGUGUAUUGUGUUUUAAACUGGUUGGCCAUGUGUGCUUCUUACCAACCUAUUUUUGUCUCGAACUCAUGUAGCUGGGGAAUCGGGCUCAGCGGACACAGUGAGAGACCCACGUGGCUUUGCAGUCAAGUUCUACACCGACGAGGGCAACUGGGACCUUACUGGCAACAACACCCCCAUAUUCUUUAUCAGGGAUGCAAUGCUGGCGAGUUCAGACGUGCGAGUCAAGAUUGCACCUGGUUCCCAUCCUUCAUCCACUCUCAGAAGCGCAACCCCCAGACUCACCUGAAGGACCCAGACAUGGUGUGGGACUUCUGGAGCCUGCGGCCUGAGUGUAUGCAUCAGGUGUCCUUCCUGUUCAGUGACCGUGGUCUGCCCGACGGCUUCCGCCACAUGAACGGCUACGGAUCCCACACCUUCAAGCUGGUCAACGCCGAGCGUCAGCCCGUCUACUGCAAGUUCCACUACAAGACCAACCAGGGUAUCAAGAACAUGAAACCUGAGGAUGCCGAGCGCCUGGCCUCCACCGACCCGGACUACGCCAUUCGAGACCUUUACACCUCCAUCGCCAACGGAAACUUCCCUUCCUGGUCAUUCUACAUCCAGGUCAUGACCUUUGACCAAGCCGAGAAGUUCCAGUGGAACCCCUUUGACCUGACCAAGGUGUGGUCUCACAAGGAGUACCCCCUCAUUCCGGUGGGGAGGUUGGUACUCAACAGAAACCCUGCCAACUACUUUGCUGAGAUCGAGCAACUGGCCUUUGACCCCAGCAAUAUGCCCCCUGGCAUCGAGCCCAGCCCCGACAAGAUGCUGCAGGGGCGUCUGUUCUCCUACCCAGACACACACCGCCACCGGCUGGGCACCAACUACCUGCAGUUGCCCGUCAACUGCCCCUUCAGGACCCGUGUGGCUAACUACCAGCGAGACGGGCCCAUGUGCAUGUUCGACAACCAGGCUGGCACUCCCAACUACUUCCCCAACAGUUUCAGUGCUCCAGAGACCCAGCGACAGCACGUGGAGACCAGGUUUAAGGUGUCCCCAGAUGUGGGCCGCUACAACAGCGCUGACGACGAUAAUGUCACACAGGUGCGUACCUUCUUCACUGAGGUGCUGAAUGAGGAGGAGCGCCGGAGGCUCUGUCAGAACAUGGCUGGGGCCCUGAAGGGGGCCCAGGUCUUCAUCCAGAAACGCUGGAUUCAGAACCUGAUGGCUGUGCAUGCAGACUAUGGGAACGGGGUUCAGGCCCUACUCAACAACACUGAGCCCACAAAGGACACUGUGAGAGUGUACACUCGUGGCGGUGCCUCUGCCGUCGCUGCCUCCUCCAAGAUGUGAUGCCUUAACUUCCACCUGGGGGGGGUAGUUCUUCCUGUUGCACUUGCCAUCCGCUAUAGAAGAUCUUACUACAGGCUGUCAGUAAAUACUAUAGCAAAUCAAAUGGCAAACUAUCAUGAUUGUUUUUGUAAUUCCUCAGGCUACUUGCUGCACAGAUGACGAGAGACAGCAAUUGCUGUCAGUUCUUACAUGUAGUUUCCUGUCCAUUUUUCCUAAGUUCACACAGAAAUGUAUAUGGUCAGACUGCAGCCCUAUGGGAGAAGAUCUGUCCCCAAAUCAGUCAAAUACACUGACGCUAUCUGAAAAGACAUUCCUUUAUUCAGUUGUUUAUAUUAUAGUUUUCAUUCCAUUGUCAUUAUAGUGUCAUCUUUUUUUUCCCAAUGACUUAUUGUUUGUGUAUCCAUGCCUCGUAUGCCCUGAUAGUUAGCUUAAUAAACAGGUAUGCUUUAGCUAGCCUAUAUGCAAAAUAUCCCCGAAAUAUGGCAUUUAUCCUAGUUAAACAAACCACCAAUGUUUUCAAAUAAGAUUCAUAAUUAUUUUAUAGUAUUUGGCUGUUUAAACUUCUGAGUUCUCUUAACAUUUUUCAGUGCUUAUGCCUACACCAUAUUUCUCGGUUAUAUUAGAAAAGGUUUCAGGCCAUCGAUUAGUGCGAUUCACUAAAUGUUUUCUGUAUAUUAGUGUAGACGCUCUGUACCAGAAUGAAUCACUGAAGAGAUGUCGUUUGAGUUAGAGCUGGGGAAUUAACAACCACCACUGUUUCCUGGGGAGGAAACUUAGUCGUUAUCUCUUCUCGCAAGCCUCCAGACUCGAUUCCUAUGUUGCGCCUUAUCACUGUUAGUGUUUCUAUGUUCGGUAGCGUUCCCACUCAUAUCGCCUGUCUGAAGAGAAGUGUUUGUUGUAUAAAUGUAAAAUUGUGAACUUUUUUUAAACCACAAAAUGAGAUUGUAAUAAAUCAAAAGGUAAUGCUGAA